GAAUAAAAGGAAUCAACACGUCUCUUGCAUUUCUCACUACACUUUUCCCUGUCCUCCGCGGCCAUGUUCUCCUCAGUGCGCUAUGCAGCGCUCGCCCUCCUUGCCACUGAGCUGCUCGCUCCUGCAGCAGCGGUCACAUUUCAAGCACGGCAAGUACAUGAUCUUCCUCGAAAGCUGCCUGGCUAUCUCAGUCGGCGGGACGGUCAGAUUGGCGAGGUGCAAGUGCAGGACGAGAGCAACACCCAGUAUGUGACGGAGAUUAUUGUCAACGGGGAUACUAUCGAAGUCUCGAUCGAUGCUGGAAGCUCGGACCUGAAUGUCGAAGGGACGGUUCCCGGCGCGAAGGACUUGCCUAACGUACCCAUUGCCGUUGACUUCGCAGAGGGUAACGAGACGGGUGUUAUGUCCUUCGCCACGGUCGAGUUCGCAGGGCACACAGUCCAGAACCAGGUUUUCAACCACGUUCCUGUCCUCUCUUUCCCUCCGCUGUCAGGGCUGAUCGGCCUCGGCCCCUCCGUAGGCUCUCGCCUGUGGAUGACCGCCCAAUCCCUCAUCUCCUCUGGCUCGCUCUCCCCCGCCAACGCAGGCGACUCAGUAUUAGACCGGAUCUUCCAAGAAAAUACCAGCGCGCCCAACUUCAUUUCCUUCACCUUGGGCCGGGAGGACGACGCGACGAGCUCCGCGACGCCGACCAGUGUCUUCACCGUUGGAGACCUGAUCCCAGGGUAUGAGAAUAUCAGCUCAAUGCCCAAGCUCGAUGUUAUCAACGCUCCCACUGCCGUCCAGGCCGCGCAGCACUUUACCAUCCUCGUGGACGGGUUCUCCGUCGGCGGGCAAGCAGUCAACUUUCCCCAAUCCGUGGUGCCUGGUACUCCCUCCGGCAAGCUCGUAGCAGUGCUCGACUCGGGGUUCACGUUCCCCCAAGUCGUCCCAGCGAUCGCGAACGCCAUGUACCAGAACAUCCCCGGUGCGGUGCUGAACCAAAACCUGGAGGGGGCGGGCGAGUUCUUCGUCGUCCCCUGCGGGACAGAGAUCGACGCUAUAUUCCAGUUUGGCGGGAACUGGUAUCCCAUCCAUGCCCUGGACGCAAACUUCGACUCGGGAUUCGCUGGGCUCACCAACCUGGCAGACGAGCAGUGUAUUGGGGCUUUCCAGCCUAUACAGGAUGAUGCAACCGCCGCGCUGGAAGGGUUGGCGGAUAUGAUCCUUGGCAUGGCUUUCCUACGCAACACGUACACCUUGUUGAACUAUGGCAACUUUGUAGACUCGAACGCUGACGUGCGGCAAGCGCCGUUUGUUCAGCUUCUCUCGGUGACAAACCAGAACCAGUCCUCGAUCGAGUUCCACCAAAUUCGGGGCGGGACUGCGAAGACCUUUGCACCUCUCCCGGGGGCACAGUCUGUCGACCCCUCUGAUUCCGGGAACAACAUCAACAACAACAACGGAGUGAACACAGUCGGGUCAUGGAUCCAGAGCCACCUGGCGAUAGUCAUCGGCGUCUCAGUAGGAGUCGUCGUCCUCAUCCUCCUUAUCAUCGCCUUCUGUUGCUGCAGGCGUCGUCGCCCAGUUCAACAGUACCAGAACAUCAGUGCCCCGGCUCCUAUGGGUCAGUACCCCUACCCUCCGUACCGCGGCGGGCGGAACUUCUCCACCGCAUCCGUCGCCCCUCUUGCCGGAGGAGGCGGGUACGACGACCCGUUCCGAGAAACUUUUGGCCCUGAGCACAUCCCGUUGGCGGAGAGGAACGCCCAGGGGAACUUUGCUCAGCCGCAGAGGGCCUAUGCGCACUCCCCACAGCCGAGCUUGUCGGUACCUUACGACCCUCCUAGGGGCCACUCGCCACAGCCAAGCUUGUCCGCACCUUACGACCCUCCGCUGAGCAGGGGCCAUUCGCCUCAGCCUAGCUACUCCAGUAGCUCGCUAUACGACCCGCCGCAGGGCCCGCCUCCUGCUGCAUCAGACCCAUUGAUUGACCGGCAUUGAGUGUUGGGGGACAGAAUUAUAUUGAACGUCACGCAAGGACAGUUUCUUGUUUUGGCACGGUUUCCUGAUCGCAUUUACUUUCUAUCUCAUACACUGUGUACAAUCUCCUGCAAAUA